AUGGCGUGGGACCAUCUGGAUAUCGAUAAGCCGCAUUUGGCGUAUAUGAUCUUGGGUGGUUUCACAGGCCUGUUCAUGCUGUGCUCCCUGUUUGUCAAGGAGAAGCUCUACAUUGGCGAAGCUACUGUCGCCACGCUUUGCGGUAUUAUCUUCGGACCGCAUGCUGCCAAUCUAUUCGACCCCUCAUCAUGGGGAAAUGUCGACAAAAUCACCCUUGAGUGCUCGCGCAUCGUUCUGGUCGUGCAAUGUUUUGCCGUCGGAGUCGAGUUGCCCAAGGCGUACAUGGAACGCCACUGGAGAUCCGUUGUCUUUUUACUUCUCCCCGUCAUGACCUGGGGCUGGCUGGUAACAAGUCUUUUCAUCUGGUGGAUGAUCCCUCCGCUGAGCUGGCUUGAGAGCCUGGUAUGCGCCGCGUGCGUCACGGCCACCGAUCCGGUCUUGGCGUCUUCCGUCGUCGGUAAAGGCAAGUUCGCCAAGCGAGUCCCAAAACAUUUGCGUGAUAUCUUGUCCGCGGAGUCCGGCUGUAACGACGGUAUGGCUUUCCCGUUCAUCUACCUAUCUUUUUACAUCUGGAAAUACCGACCCGAUGCCAAUGAGGUGUCGCUCAAUUGGUUCUGCAUCACCAUCCUCUAUGAGUGCAUCUUUGGUGCUAUUUUCGGAUUUGUCAUCGGUUAUCUGGCCCGCCAUGCCAUCAAGUUUGCUGAACGCAAGGGUCUAAUUGAUCGAGAGAGUUUCCUCGUAUUUUACUUCGUUCUGGCAGUGUUCUGUGCAGGCUCCGGAAGUCUGCUGGGCAUGGACGACCUACUAAUCGGAUUCUCUUGCGGAGUCGGAUUUAGUAAUGAUGGUUGGUUCACGGAGAAAACCGAAGAAGCACAUGUCUCCAACGUUAUCGAUUUGUUGCUCAAUUUAGCCUACUUUGUCUACUUUGGAGCCAUUAUCCCAUGGGAGGACUACAAUGUUCCCGACCUCGGUAUUGUCCCGUGGCGGUUGGUGGUUAUUGCACUCCUGGUGAUCUUCUUCCGUCGCAUACCCAUCAUGUUACUGAUGAAACCAUUCAUCCCCGAUGUGAAAACCUGGCGUGAGGCUCUUUUUGCUGGGCACUUUGGCCCGAUUGGUGUCGGUGCCAUUUUUGCAGCAAUUUUGGCUCGGGCUGAAUUGGAGCAAGAUAACACGCAGCCCUUGGAAGAGAGUAGUCUUCCGAAACCUGGAGCGGAUAACUAUUACGUAGUCCAGCUCAUCUGGCCUAUAACAACAUUUAUGGUCAUUUCCUCCAUUUUGGUGCAUGGCUCGUCGAUUGCUGUUUUCACUCUCGGCAAGCGUAUCAACACCUUGACGGUCACGCUCUCCUAUACCCAAGCCAACGAGGAGGGUCCUUCGUGGAUGAACCGGCUGCCCCGUGUUUCUUCUCUGGCCAAGGGCUCCAUGUCUUUCCGGAAGGCUGAAGAUUCAGAAGAGGAGAAAUUGCCGGAAUAUCCCCCUGGAACAUUACCACCCAUUGGUAUGCCUGGAAACUUCCUUCGCCGGGUGCGUGAAGACGACACCGAUGCCCAGACUAGCGACGCCGCGCGAAAGCCUAUUCGUCGACGCCGCAAGAAGAGCCGUAAGCAUAAUGAUGUCGGUGGACCUAUUAGCCAAUCUGCCAUCAUACCACAGAGACGACCUGAACAAGAGGCCUCCGAAGCGGAACAGGAAAUGGAAGAGCGAGAUGCUGUGGAACGUGGUGCUUCUCCUCCUAAUGCUGAGCGGGAACGGUUCGGCCGUGAGCCAGAGCUUGAAGUGUACCAAGAGGGUCAUAAUCUAGUCAUUGAAGACGAAGAAGGCAAUGUGCUCAAGACUGAGGAUACCCGCAAUCUCUCCCCUGAACAACAGUCAGAGCUAAUUGAGGAACAACGCCGACGACUCGAGAGCGACAGGACUGGCGAGUUCGCGCAUUCUCAGAGUCAGCCUCACGAGAAGGACGAGGGCGAGGAGAUCAAGCACACUGUUGAUGACAAGAUUGGUCACCCAGGCGAAAAGGCCCGCAACAAGUGGACUUCCUGGACCGGUCUUGGAAAAGCCCGGGGCAAAGAUAAAGAAGAAACCAAGCCUACGGCUGACGCUCCAGCGAAACCUAAGCAUCGGUCUGCCCAUGCCUAUCAAUUUGGUAAUACUAUCAUUGUUGAGGACGAGGAUGGUGAAGUAAUCAAGAAGUACACUAUUCCUUCUGGGGACAAGCCUGCCAAGCAGAAGCCGAAGCCUGAAGAGCAACCUGGCCCCGCAAACCCGGCUCCAAUUCGUCGCGGUCUCACUCGCAUGGGUACUUGGCUCGGCAGGGAAGAGGAAGGAGAGGCAUCCGGCCAGAAGAAACAGAAGCCUGCUCCUAGAACCGAAACCGAUGACUGGACCACUGAUGAUGGUCUGCGAUUCACUUUGGCUCAGAGCUCGGAUGUCGACUCUAAAGGUAUCGGCCACAAGGGCCGCCGUAUGAACAAGCACGAAUUCUUCCAGCAAAUCAAGGGCUUGGAUGCCAAGGGUCGUCGGGACGUGGUCCAACAAACGGACGCACCUUCUCCCGUCAAAGAAGUUGCCAAGGAGGAAGCCAAGAAGGAAGAAAAGACGGAGCGUCGUCUGUCUGCGGUCGCUGCAGCUGUUGCCACUGACACAAUCCCCGAGACCGAGGAAGAACUCGAUUCCGAGUCUGUCACCGACAGUCAGCUCAGCAGCGAGGAGGAAACCGACACCGAGCGGCCAAAUGUGGCCGCCUCUGUGGCCAAAUGGACUCGCGGAACCUCUGCUCAAGAACGUCGCAGCAACCUCAGCCCUGCACCGCCUCGUGCCCGUCUUCGCCGUGACUCUGACGAUGACGGUACUGAGCGUAUCCCUCCAUCGGCCCUGCGUCAAGCUGCCGGUCUGACCGCUCCACCUCGUGAGAGGGACGAUGAUACGGGUGAAACCCCAGCUGAGCGUCGCCGUCGUCUCGCAGCCCUUGGGCACGGCGGUGACACCGACUCUGAAUCAGAUGACGACGAAGCUGUUGAAGAAGACUCCGACAGCGAAGACGAUGGUGAACCUCGCCUGAUCCCACCAACUGGCGACGUUCAGUCCACCAACAAGCCCCGAGCAUCUGACCCAACCAGCCCUAGUGGUGAACAAUCCUCCAGCUCUGGCUCAGGCUCCAUGUCUCGACACACUCCAGGCCACCGUCCACGAGUAUCCUGGGGAGGUGAAAAGGGUCGCUAG